CGGCGGAAGUGAGGCUGCCAGAAAGUGCGAGGGCGGGUUGCGCAGGGAAGUGGGGAGGUGGUUGGUUGGAUGCUAUUUGGUUUACAUAACCCAAACGUUUACUGUGAUUUCUUGAAAAGGCCUCGCGCCGUAUACUCACAUAAUUAAAACAUCCAACAUUAUUAUUGCUGUGUAGCCUGAGUCAGUUAAGGUUGCAUAGUUUUCUAAGGGAGAGCUGGAAAAAGCAAAGUCGAGGUGCGCGGCAGCAGAUACACUCAUCUGCAUCUUUCCCGGACAGACAGUCAGUCGACUGCGGUGCUGCUGUACGUGACUGAGGGAGCCCUGCCCUGCUGCACACCAGCAGCUCACUCAUUGCAGACGGGAUUUGCAAACACUGUAGCCAGACUCAGAAUGAGCGCGGAGGAGAAUCCUGCUGCUGAACCUGCGCCUGUGAUCGACGUGCAGGGAGACGGACGCUGGAUGUCACAGCAUAACCGGUUUGUGCAGGAGUGCAAGGAUGCAGAGCCUGAUGUUCUGUUUGUGGGGGACUCAAUGGUGCAGCUUAUGCAGCAGUAUGAGGUGUGGAGGGAGCUGUUCUCACCUCUCCAUGCUCUGAACUUUGGCAUUGGUGGAGACACAACCUGUAAUGUGCUGUGGAGACUACAGAAUGGAGAACUGGAGAACAUCAGACCCAGGGUGGUGGUUUUAUGGGUAGGAACCAAUAAUCAUGAGCACACUGCGGACCAAGUUGCAGGAGGAAUACUGGCCAUUGCACAGUUAGUUAUGACUCACCUCCCCAAGUCCAAAAUUAUUGUUUUGGGCCUGUUGCCAAGGGGAGAGUUUCCUAACCCCCUGAGAGAGAAAAAUGCAGCAGUGAAUAAUCUACUUCGCGCAUCUCUACCUCGACUCGGCCCUGUUCAGUUUAUUGAUAUGGGAGGUAGUUUUGUCCACUCAGAUGGGACUAUUUCCUCUCGAGACAUGUUCGACUUCCUGCAUCUGACUGCCAGUGCAUACAGGACCCUAUCAACGACUCUUCAUGAGAUGCUGCUUCAAAUGUGGGAGGAAACGCCUCAGGAGAGGCGGGCCUCACUGGUCUAGGAAGGGGCACUGCAUUGGUCAAUCACUGGAGAGGCAAGGUUAAGAAUUGUUUGCUAUUCAGAAUUUACCUAAAAUACCUUAUUUAGCAAGACAAAGAAAAAUACAAAAAGAACAGCAAAACAAAAGGGGAUGUAGGACAGUGGCCAAUUUUAUAUGAUCAGUAGAAAAUGUGUAUAUGCAUCUAAGAUGCAUAAUAGACAACAGUAUAAGAAAGAAGACUAGAUAAGAAAUAUCUGUGACAAGAGAUAGUUUUUCUUAGGACAUGUUGCUUUGCGGUGGGACCAGAAUUUCAUCAAAAUCCCAUUGUCACAGUCUGAACAACCUUUAAUAGUAGCACUUACUCUGCCAUCUUCUCCGUGCCUUCAUACAUGCACUCGGUCACACAGUGGUGUUAUGAUGACUGCAACAUGAUUCAGUUCACACAAGAGAAAUCAUGCCUUUGAAAUAUGUAUGUCUUGCUCCCAUAUUAAGAUCUUUGGCACAGAGGCGUCUGAAACCUCCUUUUUCUCUUUUGCCCUUUCAUAUUCCCAAUAACACACCUAUGAUAUAUUAGAGGAAGACUGGAGUGAAAACCAUCAAACCAUGUCAUACCUUGUGUUUGUGAGUUUGGGUGUGAGAAAGCUCCUCCUCUUAAGCAUCUAAUGCACAAUCGUGAGGUUUUCAGUGUUAAUAUUUAUCUCACUUGCAUCCAUGUUUUUGUGUAUGUGUCCAUGCGCUCUAUAAAGUAUUAUGUGAAGAGUUAAAUGUGAGUAUGGGAGAGCCAGUGGGCAAGAAGUGAUAUAUAAAGUUAAGUAAGUGAGUGUGUGUGUGUGUGUGUGUGUGUGUAUUUAUGUAUAUAUAUAAAUAGAAUCUGUUAGUAUUAAUGUACUCUGUGCAAAGUGCUUACUGGUGCUGGUGUAUGUGAAUGUUUUUGUGUUCGAGUGUAAGAGAUCAACCAUCUAUAACUAUGUGUAUGGCCCGCAAAGCGUGCACUGUUACUGCGGCACAACUGCCACAUGCUUCAGAUCCAAGCAUUCCAAUAAAUCGGCAG